CAACUUGGAAUUGUUUUUAACACAAAACACACUCACUUGGCAAAAAAAAAAAAACGAAGCACACACACACACACACAAACUCACCCAGCAUGGAGUCAUUCCGUUCCGGCAGAUUUGUGGCCAUCGAGAAGGGUAAAUCGACUGCUGAGCAAGAGAGUCCAUUAAGAGAUUGUGGUCAGAGGAGCAUUUCCUCAGCCCUGCUUAUACGUGGCAUUCUGUUGGUGUUGCUCUUCAAUAUGUGUUUGGUUACCAUUCUGCUCGGUGGUUAUGUGUAUCUGAGUUCGUUGACCCUGGAGCAACAGAAUUAUUUAACAAAUGCCGCGUUUGUGGUUGUUGGUGGGGUUGCUUUUGUGACCCUACUUCUAAUCGGGGACUUGUCCAAGGACAGGCCAAAUUUCUAUUACAUUUAAGAUUAGCUAUAUGGAUGUCGCCUGCUGCCCGUCAGAUCCUUGCCAUUCAAGUGUAUAUAAACUUAAUAAAAAAAUUUCGCUUUCAUGCCGGACUAAUUUGAUUAAAACAAA